AACCUUUGACUGAAGUGAUUCUACAGAGCUUCCCACCUCUGCCCCCAUGCAAGCUUUUGGAUAUCAAUGAUGAGGAGACCUUUCCAAACAUGAUUGACGCUUUGGAGAAACGGCAUCGCCAACGACAACUAUGGAUUGAGGACCUUACCAAACGAUGUGUAGCUUUCAAAGCCUUACUAAAAACAUUUGACAGUUCUCUAUCAAAUAAAGAAAACUACAUUCAGGAAAAACUAAAUGAAAAAGAAAAAUUGAUCUCGGGACAGAAAUCGGAAAUAGAACAACUGGAAAAGAAAAACAAAACUUUGGAGUACAAGAUUGAGAUUUUGGAGAAAACAACUACAAUCUAUGAAGAAGAUAAGCGCAAUCUGCAGCAGGAACUUGAAAGCCAGAAUCAGAAGCUUCAGCGGCAGGUUUCUGACAAGCGCAGAUUAGAAGCCAGGUUGCAAGGCAUGGUGACAGAAAUGUCGAUGAAGUGGCAGAAGGAAUGUGAACGUCGGGUAGCAGCCACCCAGCUAGAGAUGCAGAAUAAACUCUGGGUCAAAGAUGAAAAGCUCAAACAGCUGAAGGCCAUUGUGACUGAACCCAAACCUGAGAAGCCAGAGAGACCCUCCCGGGAGCGGGACCAGGAGAAAAUCAUUCAGAGAUCUGUCUCUCCUUCUCCUAUGCCUCUUUCUAGUAACAAUAUUGCUCAGCUUUCCAACGGCCAGCAGCAGCUCAUGAGCCAGCCACAGCUCCACAGACGCUCUAACUCUUGCAGCAGCAUUUCUGUAGCUUCCUGUAUUUCGGAAUGGGAGCAGAAACUAUCUCCAUUCAGCACACCUGUCAAUGUCACCUCUCUUGCAAGGCCUAGGCAGCAGGAGCCAGGACAAAGUAAAACGUGUGUCGUGUCAGACAGAAGGCGAGGGAUGUACUGGACUGAAGGCAGGGAGAUGGUCCCUACAUUCAGCAGUGAAAUAGGCGUAGAAGAGGACCAUUGUCGCAGGGUUAGUCCAGCGUUCUUUAAAGCCUUGUAGUGAUAGACUUCCUCUCCUCUGCUCUUUGUAACUUGAUUCUGGAAGUUCAAUGGAAAG